AUGAGAUCCUCAUUGUUUGGGUCCGCGGCGGCCGGCCUGUCGACCCUAUUGUCACUACUGCCGACCGCACAAGCCUUGUCAUUCGAAACCAUCUCACUCCCCGACUUGGACCUGUCCUCUUUAGGGCGGGUCUCCAUCAGCGGUAACUUUGAUGGCGUCUCUUUGUACGAAUAUGAAGGCCAAUCCGAGGUCACUCUAACCAACGGCUCUUCAUCAAUCCUGACACCCCUCCCCAAUGGAAUUCUCACGAACCUCUCAACUGCCGACGCCCAGAUCCAGGCCAUGUGUGCCUUUACGAAGAAAGACGGAACUUUUGCUGGAAUUUUUGUUGGAGGAAACUUUACGACGUUAGGUGGUGUGGAAUCGCGAGGUGCGGCCUUGUUCAACCCGAACACCAGCACUGUUACAGCCUUGCCAGGAUUGAAUGGUUCAGUGUCAGCCGUGGCAUGCGACCAGAGCACAAAUCGAGUUUACGUCGGAGGAACCUUUGAUCACAAGAAUAGCUCGAACGCGAUCGCCUGGAGUCCCGACAAUGGCUGGACUGAUCUCGCAUUUGAAGGCCUGAAUGGUCCUGUGAAAUCGAUCCUGAAAGCACAAAACGGCCACAUCAUCUUUGGAGGAACAUUUGAUGGAACAGGCAACUCAUCAAGCUCAUCGAAUACUACAUAUGGUCCACAGGUUUUGAACUUGCAGAAUGCAACCAUCACCUCCGAUGCCACAUCUUCCAUGACUGGAUACGAAAGUCCUGAAAACAUUAUUUGCUCCACAAGCGGCGUGGCAGCUAAGGGUAAAACUUGGCUGCUUUACGACUACUCACCUGGAUACUGGCGCGCCGAGCUUGGUUUCACCGCCAACCCAUCCAAAGUUCGCCUCUACAACACCCAUCUGGAUGGUCGUGGUACCAAGACCUUUUUGUUCCGCGCUUUACCCGAUGAUGGAAUCAUGAAUAUGACUUAUACGGACUCCGCGGGUAAUGCAGCUUACUGCGACCAAGAGUGUCCCUUGUCCAACAGCACCAGCGAAAAAUAUCGUGACUUCACCCUUGUCGACCCGGUGGGCAUGACCGGACUCCAGAUCGAAGUUUUGGAUUGGUACGGCGAAGGUGCUGGAUUGAAUGGAAUUGAGAUUUAUCAAGACACCAUCUACUCUUACGCUGUCGACACAUUUAACGAGCCUACUUGCGCCGGUAUUGAAUACCCAUCCAAGUCGAUCGUGACCGGCACCUGGGACGUUGAUUCGACUUAUCUGUCUACCCAAGUCACUAAUGCCAACGACACUGACGCUUCCGUUGUCUUCCAGCCUGAUGUGAAAGAAUCUGGAAAAUACCAAAUUAAUCUUUACACCCCUGGAUGUUCUGACAACGAUAGUUGCUCUUCCCGUGGCAUGGUGAACGUCACAGCCACCGUAGCUAGUGGUACCGAUUCAUCCAACCCGUCCCCCACGACCAUUUACCAGACAAACGACGACGACAAGUAUGACAUCUUAUACUCUGGACAUGUUGACAAAGCCAGCGAUUCGUUCCGCCCCAGCGUUACUAUCCAACCGAUUGUUGACCAAGGAGACAUCAAUGUUGUGGCGUGGCGCGUUAAGUUUAUCCCGCUCUUCAACACAACGAAGGCUUCCGAAUCAGAAUCAAGCUCUGACUCGGACUCGGACUCGGACUCGGACUCGACAGCUGAAGAUUUGAACGGACUGUACGAUUAUGAUCCCACUUCGACCUCGACCGAUACCGAAACAUCCGAUAUCAACACUGCUGGAACAUCACUUAACAAGGAUGCUUCAAUCCUUAGUUUGGCCGAAUACGACGGCAUUAUUUACGCCGGUGGUAACUUUUCCGACAGCAGCAUCAGCUAUGUCAUGUCCAUCACCGAUGGCAACGCCACUGCAAUGCCAGGAGGAGGUUUAAACGCCGAAGUUCAAACUAUGGCUACUCUCGACAAGUUUUUGUACGUUGGUGGUAACUUCACAGACACCUCUGACGGUGGUGUCGAUGGCCUUUACCAUGUUGCGGCCUACUCCUUCUCAACGAAGAAGUGGUCUGCCCUAGGAGCUGGCCUGAACGGUCCCGUUUCGAGUAUCUAUGCGAUUGAUCUGAAUGUGUCUUCCUCUGUCAACGAGACAACCAUUGCCGUCAGUGGCGAUUUCGAUGAGAUUCGCGCAUCUGGCGGUGACUCCGCAAUCAGUGUCCCCGGCUUUGCCAUCUGGCUUCCGUCAAACCAAACCUGGCUCCAGAGCCUCAAUGUCACUCAAAUGGAGUUUGCUGGUCAGCUCUCUGCGGUUGCAUCAGUGAACGAGACAUCCAUCCUUGCUGGCAGCUUGGCCACUGAUGGAUAUACUGCCUCCGACUCAGUGUGGCUGCAAAACUCUGACGACGAUCUCAGCCUGCUUCCUUUGACUAUGAACAUUAACCAAACUGGAUCAGGUAUUGGAUUAGUUACUGGUGUGUACGAUACGGAGUCUAGUCGCAACCAAACUCUGUUCGGUGGUCAAUUCAAUGCCACCGCCACCGACGGCUCCACAAUUUCAACUGUUGCUAUCCUAAAUGGAACCGACUCCAUCUAUGGCCUGCCUCAAGGUGUUGAUACCAACUCGACCGUCCGCUCUAUGGCAGUUUACAACAACACACUUUUUGCUGGUGGCAAUGUCACUGGUACUAUCAGUGGUUCGUCGAUCAACGGUUUCUUCACUUACGACUUGGCUGGCAAGAAAUUCUUAUCUCAACCCUGGGAGCUUCAUGGGUCUAAUGUGUCUGUCAACGCCAUUGCUGUUCGACCGGACUCAUCGGAAGUUUACAUUGGCGGCAACUUUGAUACUGCCGGUUCCUUGCCUUGCGAAACUGUUUGCGCUUUGGAUUCCUCCCUCAACUCCUGGAGUUGGCCCGGCGUUAGUAUUGGUGGUAAUGCGAUUGCCCUUAGCUGGGCUAGCUCUAACAUCUUAUAUGCUGCGGGCAAUCUCACAGUUUCGGGAAUCAGCACCUUCGUCGCCACCUUUAACGUAAAGACUGAGGCCUGGACUUCUGUGACAGGUGCAAACCAGUCCGAGAUCCCCGGUGAGCUUACUGCAUUCACACCGGCCGCUGAGGACGUUUCGACAUUCUGGAUUGCUGGCACAUCGACCAAUGGCUCUGCCUAUUUCCUGAACUACGAUGGCACCAAGUUCCAAUCUCCCGGUAACUUGUUCUCCGAGGGCACUGUCAUUCGCGGCAUGGAAGUUCUCCCCCUGAACCAAAAUCACAAAUCUGUUGAACUUUUGAAUGACGACCAGACGCUAUUGCUGAUGGGCCAACUCAUCAUUCCCAACUUCGGUAACGCGUCUGCUGCUCUGUACAACGGAACCACCGUCACCCCUUUCAUCCUUUCCUCUACAUAUGAUGGCCAACCUGGAAGCAUGUCGCAGCUGUUUUCUGAGAACCAGAAUCCCUAUGACACCACAUCGAGCCAUCAUUCCAAUGGCAUUGUGGUUCUGGUGGCAUUCUGCUGUGCACUUGGCUGCGUCUUCCUUAUUGUCGCAGCCGGUGUGAUCAUGAACAAGAUCCAGCGUCGUCGCCAAGGCUACUCUGCAGCCCCGCAAUCGUUUGGUACCGACCGACCAUCUGACAUGCAGCGCGUACCGCCCGAGUAUCUUUUCAAUUCCAUCGGGCAAGCGAACCCGACCGCCCCGGCCAUCUAA